CCUCUCCUUUUAUAAGCUAUAAAGUGAGCACUGAGAGAGACACUCCAUUUCAUUCACCUCCCGAUCAAAGAUGGAUCUGCAAACCUCAGUUUUUCUCCUGAUCAGUCUCUUCACCACAGGACACACUCUCAAUUGUUAUGAGUGUUUGGGUAUGACAUGGUCUUGUUCAGAUCAGAGGGUAAAAACAUGUCCCAGUGGAUCUUACAAAUGCGUGAGUUUCACAGCAGUAACAAAAGAUGGUGUUAAAAUGAAGGUUAAAGACUGUGCUGCUAACUGUGCAAGUGGAUCCAUGAACCUCGGCAUUAUGAGGUCAUCUUCAGUGUGCUGUAACACAGACGGCUGUAACGUCCAAGAUGCUCCAGAUCCCAGCACUAGCACCCCCAAUGGAAAGACAUGUUACUCCUGUGAUGGACAGAGCUGCUUAAACAAAUUGAGCUGUUCAGGGAAUGAAGAGCACUGCAUUAAUGCAACAUGGACUGUCAGUGGCCACUCACUGGUUGUAAAAGGCUGUGCCUCUAAAUCUAUCUGUGAUGCUGGAUCAUCGGAUAUAUAUGUUCAGGGUAUCUCAUGUUGUUCAGGGAAUCUGUGUAACGGUGCUCAGAGCGUCUCUCAGAGCUUCCUGUUCCUCUGCUGUUCUCUGCUGUCCUUCAUCCUGCUGCACUGAAUCCAGCAGAUCUUCACAUUCACAUCAAAAUUGGACACACUGUACUGAAUAUAAAGCUUGCUUUUUCACUGUAUAAUGCAUCCUUUGAGUACUGAUUUUUUUUUUGUCUGUGGCAUUCUGAUGUGACAUUUUAUUAAAUAAAAUACUACACCUUG